AUGGCCAUAGUUUCAGACGGAGCAUCGGUGGUCCCUGGGCAGUAUCUUGCACCACUCCGCGACCCACAGGGCCAUUAUAUACUGGGUCCAGGCACAACAAUCACCAAAGUUGAGGUGGAAGACCAGGCAAUUCUGGUGAUCUCUGCCACUUUGGUUGGAAGUGUAAAAGUGGUUCGCGACGAAAAUGAGCCAAAAGACGACACUGAUGAGCAGAAGUCACCCGCAUAUGUCAUCUCCGUUGCCCCGCGCAAAGAAUUGCCGCUGGUGCUUCCCAAACAGGGCGAUGUGGUCCUCGUUCGUAUAACAAGGUUGAAUCAAAAGCAGGCAUUUUGUGAGAUCUUGUCGGUAGAAGACAACAAAAAUGUUCUCCUGGACUCCGGGAUUGGCGCUGUGGGCACUACAGCACACCAGUCUGUUGCUGUGAGCGGCGGAGCUUCGGCAUUGACAAGCCAGGCAGCAGUUGCAUCGUUUCAAUCCACUCUCGGCAAAGCUGUAGCGGCCGAUUUGGGCGAGACAUUCAAGGGCAUAAUACGUACGCAGGAUGUGCGGUUGACGGACAGAGACAGGGUGCAAAUAGUGGACUGUUUCCGGCCUGGCGAUAUUGUUCGCGGGAUGAUUUCCUCGUUGGGAGACGGUUCCAAUUACUACUUGACUACUGCUCGCAACGAUUUGGGAGUGGUAUUCGCUCGUGGUGAAGGCGGAGCAGGAGGCAUUUUGUAUCCCUUGGAUUGGGAGACAAUGGUGGACUCGACCACCGGCCGGAUCGAAAAGCGAAAGUGCGCAAAGCCGUUUAAGUCUAAUUAA